GCACCAGCACCAGCUCUGCCGCUGUCGUUGCCAUCGCCGUUGCCGUCGCCGUCGCCGUUGCCGUUGCCGUUGCCGUCGCGUCCUCUCGAGGCGCCCGGCAACUGCCACUUCGGCCAGCGGUACCAACCGCCCACGGAUCCCUGCCACCUGCACCAGUACACCCGACUGCCUCGGCUCGCCGAGCCCGGAUACACCCUCAGCGUGUACGGCCUCUCGCUGCCUUCGGUACCAAACGCUGCCGCCGACGCAGCCGCCGUCUCCUCGUCGUCGGCUGCCUCGGCCACCUCCUCCUCCUCUUCGCGGCCGCACAGCGAAGCCGCCAAGACGGCUCGCUCGCUGCAGCGCCAGUUCGCCCCGGCGCUGGCGCUCGCUGCCAAUUGGCCCGUCGCCUCCGCCGGGAGCCCCCCAGUCCCGGCCGCCUCUCAUUGGCCCGACCAGGAGCAACAGACCCACGACCGGCAGAUGCGACGAGGCGUGGAGGAGGCGAAAUCGCUGAUGCGCCCACCUCAACAGACGCCGUACAUGUUGCCGCUCUGCUUUCAGCUGGCCGCUUGUCUGCAGACAGCCUCACGCGCCUCCCUCACCACGGCCGGCCUCCUUCCGGCCUCUUGUCAUCUCUGCUCAGCCCACACGACGCCGCUGCACCUGACGACAUGUGCUUGUGCCUGUCUGGCCGGUUGCCGUGGCAGCCGUCGCUCGUGCAUCUCCGAUCGUCAGAUGAGCAGUCAAAGUCCACUCGAAGCCGGUCGGCAUGGCUCCGGGCCACUGACGAGCCGGACAGACGAGGCCAACUCGGAGAGCCUCGCCAACAGCCUAGGCGACCCGACGCUCGGUCAAUCCUCCAUCGACACGGCGACAACAGACCCGACAGAGACGCGUCAAUCGCUCGGGUUGCCACGGCAACCGACUGGUCGAGGCGAUUUUGUGUCAUCUUCGGCCUCGGCGUCCGAUAUGUUUCACUCGGCUGCGGUCAAGUCGACCGAGGCCGAUGACUCGACUGGUCACAAUCUGAAACCGCCCCAGCAACAGUGCCACAACCUCGUCGGGCUCAGAUCCCAGGUCUGUCGGCGUCAGCUCAAUUUGCCGUCACGACGACGCAUACACUUGGCCGAAGAACUGGAUCGAGCCUGCCACCAGUUCAGCGUGCUCCGGAGACUGCUAUCCACUUCGGUCAGAUACCCGCAGCUGCGUCACCGAAGACAUCAGUAUCAGCAUCAGCGUCGUCGCCAUUUCUACGCUCAGCGUCACCAUCACAACCGACAUCUGUACCAACAUAAAGUGGAAAAAGAGCUCUUUCAUCACAAGUUUGUGUGUCAUCAACCCAACGGGGACCUUUCACCAACAGCCGCACUUCAGCCCCAUUCCUUCAAGCCGCACAACUUCAAACUGGCCGGUUUUUUGUGUGAAAACCCUGUCGACCAGUUGCCCCUGGGACAAGCCAUGCCGACAAACAUGUCCACGGAUGACGCAGUUGUCAAGACUUCCUCGGUCUAG